GCCAGACCUCGGCGGCAAGUCCCCCGGCGGAAGAAAAUCUAAAUGGUGUCCUGUGAAAGAAAAGUCGGGAGUGUCAUGAAAACAACCGGGUUUUAGGGCUGGAACUAGGGAAGCCAUGAACAACCGGCCAUUUUUCGCAAAAAAAAAUUCCCAUGUGCAAGCUAGGUAAAGAAAUGGCGUCACAAGAACAGGAUGACAACCAGCAGAACAGAGGGAGUCAGGGUACGAAUAGGGACGAGGAACAGAACGAGGGGUCGGAUCAGGAAUCAGCAAAGCCAGAAGAGACCAGAGAAGAAGGGAAGGGCCUCUCUACAGGGGAGAGUUCAGGAAAAGUUGGGGGUAGCAAAAAGGGACCGCAGGAUAAUAGGGAAGGGAAGGACGACGAAAAGGGGAGUCCUUGGAACUUCGGAGGAACCACGCCCAAGAAAACGAAAGUCUCGGAUGCAUGCCGCAAAUUGGCAGAAAUAGAAAGGCGGACCGCAGAAUACAAGGCAAGACUUAUUGAACAAAUGAUGGCUGGGAAUGAAGAGGAUCCCCAGGGGGAAGGGUCGCGAGAGGGACGCAGGACCAGUCAGGGCGAAGCCAGGUACGGAGCAAAAGAUAACAGCCAUAAGGGAACACCCAGCAAAAAGGGGAAGGAAAAGGGGGAGUCGCUGGCUAUAGAGGCAGAAAAGGCCACGACCCCGCCGGCUAUCGAUAGCGGCGUUUGUCGUCUGCCCGCCACAUCCAAAGCAACGAAAGGAUGCGAUGGACUCUGGAGUCUCAGAGAGAGGGUGUUAAGCUGGUUUGAUCCGGAGGGAACAUCGAAAACUGGGGAAAAGCACAAGGAAGGCAGGGAAGGAGAGGGGAAUAGUGCGGUCGGUGAGGCGGGUAGCUCUGAAGGGGGACUUAAGAGCAUAGUAGCCACCCUCACCCAGGCGCUGAAUAAGAAUCAGGGAUAUCUCAUAGAUGCAAAGAAGAAACUCACUUUUGAUAGAGCAAACAUCAUGGAAUUCCUGAUAGAUUAUGAGAACCUGACAGCCUUACUAAAAUGGACUGAGGAAGAAAAGAUGGACCAUCUAGGGCAGCACGUAUCGUUGAGCUUAGGAAGGGACAUUAUGGCUAUCGUCUCCUCCAGUGGAUCCUGGAAGGAAACCCGGAAUAAGAUGAUGAGAAAGUACCUGAAGGCGGAGAAAAUGGCGACAGAGGCUGAAUUGGCGGCAGUCCAAAGGAAAAACUAUGCUACUUACAAUGACUUUCUGAGGGCAUUCACUCUAGUGGCACUUCGAAUCCCCAGGGUAACGGAUCGAAUAAUGAGCAAGUACUUCCUUAGGCAGUUCUCCGAGUUUGACAAAGAUAAGAUUCUGUCAUCUUACCAGCAGACUAGCAAGUUCGAGUACACUAGGGAUGUGGACUUCAGCACGGUAACAGACCUCGCAGAAAAGACAGUGGUGACCGAUACGCUAGCCCUGCUUAAGGAAGGGAAGGUUAUAAAUUUGACUGGGAAGACAGGGGAUAAGGUUAAGAAGGGGAUACAGAGCUUGCACGAACGAGUGCAUGGGGUUGACAGCAAGAUGGAUAGAACGGAAAAUGGGCUACCGGUAAUGCAGGUGCAUGUGUCCCGACCCGCCCUCCCGCCCCAAGAGGCCGUAGUCCCGAUAGUUGUGGCAAACUGGGGGUAUGGCAAAAGGGAUCCGGCCAAUGAGCAAUGCAGGUAUUGCACAAUGGUCGGACAUUUCGUGCGAACUUGCCCAAAACUCAGCCAUGAUAUCAUGAGACAGAGAUGCAACAGGUCCCUUAUGGGUGAGAUUCUCGGACCCCAGGGAGAGCGCGUAAAUUGGAAUUCGCCAGGAGGAAUGCGGCGUGUCGUCAUCGUCCUCAAUAACUUGGAUAUAGCCACCGUAGAAGCAGAGCCGGUAGCCGAUAUUGUCUGGGACCAACCGAGGGGACGUGGGCCACAGGCCAAUUUCAUCCUAGAGGGCAAUGGGCAGGACAGGGCAUACCUGUUCGGAAGGUGGUUUAUCCUGAGAAACGAUCCAACCAACGUUGCCGGGGCACUAAAAAACUAUAAGCCUAUAGAUCCGACAGGCGGCAGAUGGAUAGGCUUCAUAUGGCAAUUCGACUACAAGGUCGAACAAAUUGUGGGGCUUCGAAACAGGGCAGACGGGUUGAGUAGGGUGUGUAUCACGCCGGGAGGGAUAGAAGACGCGGAGGCAAUUGACGCCUUCCUGGAAUACGAAGGAGGGACCCUUGUCGUGGACAAUGAGAUGGCGGACACCGUGUCGACAACGGGUCAACUGUUGAUCCAGACUUUGGAAAAGGGCGCACCUGCGGUAGUUGCGGAACUCAGGAAAGGACCAGUCACCACGAUUAGAUGCAAGGAUGAGAAGGAUUCGUGGGGAGCAGCGAUGGGGCCAAAGGAACAGCUGAUGGCAAUGGCUGUCGAAGGUGGUCAGGAGGCUGUGAUAAAUUUGGUAGAAACUUGGACGCAAAGAGAGCGGCAAUAUCUAGUGAACCAGGCUCAGGAGGAGCAAAACACCGACCAGAGGGAACGAGAAUUCUUUCUUAUCCAGAUGUAUGAGGGCAUCUUUCGAGAAAUUGAUAUGUUGCUUAUAGGAAAUAAGCAGCCUAUGGAAGUACAUCCUGGAUGCAAGGAUAACCUCAGUGGCUACGUAGAGGCGGUAGCACUCAAGAGAAAGACAGGGAAGGGAGUGGCCGAUUGGAUAGAAGACUUCUACCUUAGGCACCCCUUUGUGCGUAGGUUCAUAGCGAACAAUGGAACGGAGUUCGUCAAACAGGAGGUGUUGGGCAGGCUUAAGGCACUAUGCGUACCUAUCAAGAUCAUCGAGCCAUACCACCCUGAGGCCAAUGCACCAGUAGAAAGGGGACACCGGACAUUGAAGAACACAAUUGCCAAGUUGGCAGUGGACGACCUGGGGAACUGGUCUCGAUACCUUAAGCAGGCGGUCUUCUCGGAGAACAUGACGCCGAAAAGGACGACGGGAUGCGUCCCGGCAGAACUCUAGUAUGGGAGGGAGAUAAAUUUCCCGGUGGAAG